UUCUCACGUGAGAUGGGCGUGGCACUUCGGAACCAUGGCUGAAGACGAGUCGAGUGCGUCUCCACCUGACGUCCCACACGAUGACCAACCGCUCGCCAACGGUCUCGCCGAUAUCACCGACCAGCUCGACAACGACACGUUGCCACACCCCCGCACACAAGCUCACCAGCCGCUGACACCCAAACAGGAAACGGACGACACACACAAUGUAGCAACCGUAGAAGUCGACGAGGUCGGUGAGCUUCAAGAGCGACGGCUGAGCGACGAACUGAUAGCCGCCGCUCGUCAACGGCCGCGGAGAAAAUCGAAUCUGAAGCAGCCGGGCGGCGCGCCGGGACUCGCUCUCAAGCAGGUCUCGUUCGUGCACAAGCAGUCAUCGCAGGACCUACUCAACGUCACCUCGCCUGAUGACUGUGUGCAAGCUCUGCAUUCGGGUGGCAACCUCAUCAAGGUGAAGUCCUCGCGUCGACAUUACCAUCGACGCUUCAGUCUCAAUGAGGAAGCGACCUAUCUGUCGUGGAGCUCCAAGAAGAAAAAUUCACAGGAAUCGAGAAUUUCUAUAACGUCAGUGAAAGAAAUUAGACGUGGUCAGAAUACGGAAACAUUCCAGAAGCAUGGCAAAGCGUUUGAUGCCGACAGGAGCUUCUCUGUCAUCUACAGUGAUGACUAUCUGAGUCUAGAUUUGGUAGCAAAUUCGCAGGAUGAAGCGAGUGUUUGGAUUGAGGGACUCAUGUGUGUAAUGGAUGAAAACUAUGGUCAAGAUUCAGUCGAAAAGAAACAGAAAACUAGAGAUCGUUGGUUAAAAGCUACGUUUGAGGAAGCAGACAAGAGUGGUGAUGGCAUGUUAGAGGAGAGUGAAGUAAUCAAUUUGUGCCAGAAACUCAACGUUGGCUUACCGGUCUCAAAAUUGAAACAGAAAUUUAGAGAACACGAUACUGACAGGUCUGAGGAUUCAAAAGGCAAAUUGGAUCUCAAUGAGUUUGCUGCUCUGUUUAAGGAGCUGUCCACUCGGCCAGAAAUUUACCAUCUCCUUAUGAGAUAUUCAUCAAGCAGAGACAUUUUGACGCCACAGGAAUUGAAGUAUUUCUUGGAACUGGAGCAAGGGAUGAGAACUGUUAGUCUCCAGCAGUGUAAAGAGUGGAUUCAAAUGUAUGAGCCAACGCCAGAGGGAAGGGAGAAGUUUCUCCUGUCUAUUGAUGGCUUUACUCAGAUGCUGCUUGGACGAGAGUCGGCAUUGUUGAAUCUGGCUCAUCGAAGUCUUUACCAAGACAUGACAUUGCCACUUUCUCAUUACUAUAUUGCUUCAUCACAUAACACGUAUUUAGCCGAAGAUCAGCUAAGAGGACCGUCUGAUGUGGAAAUGUACAUCCGAGCUUUGAGAAGAGGCUGCCGCUGUGUUGAAUUGGAUUGUUGGGAUGGCUCUCAUAAUGAACCAGAAGUCUAUCAUGGUCACACUCUUACAAGCCACAUUCGUUUUAAAGACAUCAUUGUUGCUAUCAAAGAGCACGCAUUUGAGACAUCUGAAUAUCCAGUUAUUCUCUCGCUUGAGAAUCACUGCAGUAUUCCAAUGCAGAAAGUUAUGGCCAGUCAUCUCCAGGAGAUUCUUGGGGAUAUGUUGUACACGACUCCUCCUGAUGAGACUAGACAAUAUUUGCCUUCACCAGAAGAGUUAAAGGGGAAAAUUCUUGUAAAGGGCAAGAAAUUAAAGCCGGAGUUUGAGAAUGAAGAUGAAAAUGCCGAUGAAGGAGACGUUUCAGAUGAAGAUGAGGCGGCAGACCUGGACGACGAUGUCAAAGUACGAUCCCAGUCAGUUUCUCGUACAGCGUCUCCUAAUGGAACAGACCAAGCAGAUGGCCAUCGACGUCGAUCAGAGACUCGAAAACAAAAGUCAAUAAAGCUGGCUGUUUCUCUGUCUAAGUUAGUGACAUACGUGCAGUCGGUUCAUUUUAGGAAUUUUCAGGAGAGUGCAGAAAAUGCAAAGUAUUAUCACAUGUCGUCAUUCACUGAGGGUUCUAUGGGUAAACUGGCAAGCGGAUCGUCUGCAGAGUAUGUGAAUUACAAUAAGAGACAGUUGAGCAGAAUUUAUCCUGCUGGAACUCGCGUCAACUCGAGUAAUUAUAACCCACAGGUGGCUUGGAAUGUAGGAUGCCAAAUUGUUGCUUUGAACUACCAGACAGACUGUGAAGAAAUGGAUUUGAACCAAGGACGAUUCCAAAUCAAUGGAAAGAGCGGCUACGUCUUAAAACCAGAGAUUCUCAGGACAGAGGUGUCACAUGUUGAUGUGAAUGGAAAGCAUCCGAUUCCAGGAGUUCUCCCACAGCUGAUGACUAUCAAGGUGAUCAGUGGCCAGCAAGUUCCCAAACCUCCUGGAUCCGGUGCAAAGGGAGAAGUCAUCGACCCGUUUGUUUCCGUUCAGGUGUUUGGCAUUCCAAGCGACAGCACAAGCACAAGGACGUCAACAGUAAAGAAUAAUGGAUUUAAUCCCACAUGGGAUUCGACAUUCAAAUUCUUGUUGAAGUUUCCUGACGUUGCAAUGGUGCGAUUUUCUGUGUUGGAUGAUGAUUUCGUUGGCGAUGAUUUCAUUGGUCAAUACUCUGUCCCUGUUCCCAGCAUUCAGCCAGGUUAUCGUCACAUCCCUCUAUACUCCAAGAGUGGAGAAGUUUUGAAGAACUCAACAGUAUUCGUGCACGUCUCAUUCGAGCCAUCAUACACAUUACAGAAAAGGAACAUAUUUGAGCUCAGUUCUGGUCCUCGGUCGAGAAGAAGGAAUGCGACACCAAAGAAAGUCAAAGCUCCCGACAUCAACGCCAUUUUUCAGAAUGUUGCCGAAGUUCUUCAGUCUGUUGUUGAACUGGAUCUUCAAAUAGAGAAGGCGACUCGCGAGUUUAAGGCCGUGUGUGGUUCGUAUGACAAGGCAAACAUCCUACAGGCUAUAAAGCUGUUCGUGACACGGGUGAAGGCAGCACAAGCACAAGUGACUUUCAAGAAAACGAAAGACACACUAACUGUGACAUACGAGAAGAACGAGUCAUUUCCUGACAGUAUUGAGAAGAUGACCAUCAGUCUAAACCAGCUUCUGGAUGCAGCAGAGGCCGUAGUAACUCAAGCAGAUGCCAUCAUUGGACAGUUAAUGGGUGCAUACAACGGUGGCCAGGAAAUCUUUAUUGAUUUGGAUGGACACCUCACUCGAGCACGACUGAAGGGCAGGAAACUAUCACAGAAUCGAGAGUAUUUUGCAUGGAACAUGCAAGUCGUUCGAAGUCACGCCGAGUUGCUACGAACACUGAAAGACCGAGUUGUCUAUAUGAACAGACAAAUUGAAGAUGUUGCCAAUGAUCAGGACAUGCCAGUUCGAUAUGAAAUCUAGGGUAGACAGACAAGUAUGGAUUGUCUGUUUCGUACAUUUUUGCAGUCCUCUGUGUACAAGAGGAGUGCUGCUAUAGUCAAUAGCAAUUUUACAUGCUUUAUUUCACAUUACUUAAUUAAUUAAGAGCAAAGAGAAAUCGUGCACACAGUG